UUUUCUUUUGUUUAAUAUAUUAAAUACUUCUGUCUUCUAAUUUAAGCUUAACUUCUUUGUAUAAAUAUAUUUUAUAUAUAUAUGUGUUUAGUGUGUGUGAUAAAAAUUAAAUUGAUAAUAAAAUGCAAGUAUGUGAUAGUAUCACAGAAUAGAUUAAUUGAUAGUAUUAACUAUUCAAAUAUUAAAUAUUCUGUUCAAUUACCUAAUGCUUAAGUUAUUAUUUAUUAUUUUAGUUUCUUUUUAUUAAAAAUUAACAUAUUAAUUUAACUUAAUUUAUCUUCUUUAAAUUUAAAUGUCUCGUCUAAAAGGAUGGAAGUAUGUUGCAUUCCUAUCAGCUUUUGUUGGUGGUAUAGGAUUAGCAACUUACCCAAUCAUUAUUUAUCCAAUGACGCACAUUGAAGAUUAUAAAAAGUCUCAAGAGGAGAAUCGUGCACAAUUAGAUCAAUCUAGAUUACGGCCUGAAGUUGCUGGGAAUAUGAAUAAAUGGACUGAUCCAUUUGAACGAAAGAAUAAUGACUAACACUAUAUUAGAACAGAACAACAAUUUUUUUUUAGUUGAAAAUGUAUUAAAAUGCGGAUGUAUUUUUAUCUGACGGAUAAAAACAAAUGAUCAUGUGUUGAUGAAUAGAUGUUUAACUGUAGAUGAUAUAAAUAAUAUAAUAAAUGUGUAUAUUAUUUUA